CUUUUGUUACCCAUAAUGCUUUUCCCGCGUACUCGCCCUAGUCCCCUAUCAAGCGCGUUAUUCAAAAUGGCGGCCACUGGGACGCGAGAGUUUCCAUGGCUAGAAACGCUACGAAACGCUAGAAAAACAAGCUUAGUUCAAGAUGGAAAGAGAAAAAUUCACUUCACAUUCGCUGAUGGUACACAGAUGGUGGAGGAAUAUUCUGUUGCAAAUGGUGAACUCUUGGUAAGAAAGUGGAAGAAAAAGACCACACUUGGUAAGGAAUGCAAGUGGGAAUAUGAAAUUGGGGAAGAAGUGCAGCCUGUGAACAUCGAUAGUGAACACAUCAUGGAGAGCAGAGCAAAUCCCAUUUUUAUCCGCAAAGAUGUGAACAAAGCUUUCCAGUGGAGGGUUCGCAAUCUUCCCUAUCCACUUGAAGUCUACAGUGUGACAGUUGAUGAUGACAGAAAGACCAUCACAACUAGGACAAACAAUAAAAAAUAUUUUAAGAAGUUUUCAAUACCUGAUAUGGUGCGAGCGGAGUUACCACUUGACCAGAGCUCAAUAUCUCUUGCACAUGCAAACAAUACGCUCAUAAUAUCGUACGCUAAACCACCUAUGAUUCUUGAGCAAGAGAAGCUUAUCAAAGUUGAGCUUGCGAAAACGCAGGGUUCAAAAGAAGGAGACAUUGAAUGCAAACCAAGCUAAGACUGCAACAAUACAAGCAGCUUUUAGACAUUAGAUGUCACUUAAUGUGGCAUGUGCCACAAUGUUUGGAUGCUUUUGUAGGACAAUUUGGAUUGAAGAACAUUGCAUUAACAGUUCUUAUUGGGAUGUAUUUAGCCAGGAGGAAGGGAGACAAUGAGAAUCUUCGAGGGUUCUAUGACAUCUAAUUUUGCACAUUAUUUUUUGGGGGUUUGAUUUUUUGGACGGAGUUUCAGACCUAAUAAAGGUACGAUUUUUACAACAGUCAACUUUCGGGUAUCGGACACCAGCUCAAGAGGUUCUGUCUAUAGAAUGAUUUUUUUUUCUACAACUCCAAACUAUCACUGACGCGCGAAAAGUGGAUCGUUUGAAUUGUAGGCAAAGAUUAGUAUCUAAGCAUACUUGAACUACGAACUUCCAUUUAAAAAAGGUCAAAUUGCUUUGCAACGUGUACAAAGGAAAAAUAUUAAUUCGUCUAACUAUAUUUAUCACUUGAAAAGAUUAACAUAACAAGACGACUUGUCAUGAACAACCUUUUUGUAAGAUAAAGUUAAAGUUUGGUGUUUUUUGGUAUUGUUUUGCAUGUUUGCUACUUAAGUGGAAAUGUGCAGGCUGCAUAGACCAAAUACCAGGUUUUCUGCCGGUUUUGACUACUUGUGUCGAGUUGUUUGCUAAUUUUAAGAUGUUCUCCGGUCUUGAUGACAAGAUGACUGAGUAUACCGUCGUUACCGGGGCAACUGGCAAAAGAAGUAAGAACCUUUGUAUCAACAUUUCUUUGUAUUUAUUUUUAAGAUUUGGGUGGGACCAAUUUUACCCCACCCUCCCCCUUCUCUAAGAAGCAUGGGAAAUAUAAUACAACUUUUUUCGAGAAAUACAACUGAUCCUUGCUUAGUAAUGUUAAACGAAGAAAGGACAGUAAUACAUGUUAAUGUAUAUACAAACAUAAUACACCUAUUUCAAUUAAGGUUGCACCCGCGAAUCAUGGGUAACGUAUAAAUAGCUAAAUCCUGGUGACUGAACGCCAUGUGAACGUUUAGAGGCACAUAAAUAAGAAUGCUAAAGCUUUUAAAGCAUUUCUUUGUAUUUAUUUUUAAGAUUUGGGUGGGACCAAUUUUACCCCACCCUCCCCCUUCUCUAAGAAGCAUGGGAAAUAUAAUACAACUUUUUUCGAGAAAUACAACUGAUCCUUGCUUAGUAAUGUUAAACGUAGAAAGGACAGUAAUACAUGUUAAUGUAUAUACAAACAUAAUACACCUAUUUCAAUUAAGGUUGCACCCGCGAAUCAUGGGUAACGUAUACAUAGCUAAAUCCUGGUUACUGAACGCCAUGUGAACGUUUAGAGGCACAUAAAUAAGAAUGCUAAAGCUUUAAGCUUAUUUUAUUAUUUAUUUGAUACACAUAAACCAAUCCGGGUUACGACCCAUAGAUUCUCUGAGUGCAACCUUUUUUAAAUAUGUGUAUACACUAGCUUUCAGCAUCUGGAACUUUUGAAUGGGGAAGAAGGGAUACCAAGUGUCAAAAAAGGAGGGACAUUUUUUGAUAAGCACGCAUCAUCUCCAAUAAGCCCCUCCCUUCCUUGAGAAGGAAAAAUGCCCUAGGGGAACACUCAUUAGAGCUUUUACGGUAUCCUGGGAGAUGUAUUUAAGUGAUCAUGCAUUUGAAUUAAAUAGAUUAUAAGUAUAAAGAAAGGUAUCAUAUUGAAUAAAUAAACAUCUGAAUAAUGAAUUAUUCAGAUAUGUCAAAAA